AUGAACCUCUUAGAUUUUAGAAUGUAUUCAACAAAGCUCGCUCUCACAAGGUAUUAUUUCCUACAGUUAAUAUGUUGCUUUGUCUUAAAAGGGUUAUGUCAUGGCGAGCGCCAAAAUGUUUUGGUUAAAGCUGAGCUGAGAUUGUAACUGUUGUUGUGUUCUUAACUCUAAAGGGAAGGGAAAGCUAAGCAUGAUCAGUGUUGGUCAUUAACUUGAAAAAUUUGGCCCCGUUCUUUCAAGCUGCGAUCUGAUUCCAUCCUGGUUAUUAAAUGCCAAAGACCGACAUGCAGUAAAACAUCAUUCUGAAACAAAACUGAGCCAUUCUUUCAUGGAUUUCCUUGAUUGCAAUGAGUUCUUAGGGUUUCAAAGUAUACCAAAGAACCCUGACAUAGUUCCUUUAAUUGAGGUGUAUAAAUCCCAAAAUCAAACCAAGUGAUGUUAUUGGCCACUGUCAGCAGAUGCAGUCAGUGAAAUGAAACAAUCAGUAUGCCAAGUCAGCUGGCUGCAGUUUCCCGUGCUUUAAUACAAAGACAUCUUUGAUGUCAUUGGCCAAUCACAAUAGAUGCAGAAAGUCAAAUGAACCAAUCAGAAUACCAAGUCAGCUGGCUAAAUUUUCCCACGUUUUGAUUCAAGGACAUCUUCAUAGCCAAGUGCGGCAAAAGUCAGUUAUUUUUGUUUACAGGAGCUCUGAUAAAUCGAAAAAGUGAUCAAUAUUUUAUUCAUUCACAAGCAACUUAAAGUAACACAUCUUUCCUUAUUCUACAAGUCCCUAUUUCUAUCUGUCCAAAAUAAAUAAUUUCCUUUAUUUUCUUCAACAGGAAUCAAAGUCAGAGCUCAAUCUGUUCUCAAGAAUAAGAUAAUACUACUAAAACUAAUUAAUUACAUCGUACGGUCAUUUAAAAAUUGUUAUUUUAAAUUGCCAGUCAACAAGUAACAUGAAACUGUUGAGAGGAUGCACAUAACCAAGAUUUACAACAUAUAUUAGAGUGUAUAUAUUACCUUUUAAAUGUACAGCUAAUACUUUAAGCAUAGCAGCGUAUACUACAUUGCUAAACCACAUUAUAAUAACUUUUCCUUUCUUAAGAUGUUGAUCGAUUAAUGAUUAAUCAGAUAAGGGUAAUAGCACCAUUUUAAGACACAACAAAAUAAAAAAGAUACUAGAACAUUGUAUUACUUGUGGAUAAGGUUAUUGAUUGCUGUGUUCAUUGGUGGUGCGAAAUUUCUGUUAUAAAUCCAGGUGUAGUUAAUCGAUAAACUGAUAAUCAAUAAUUCGAAAUCGAUAAAGAGAAAAAGUUGUGACUUCGAUUAAUCUCAAUUUCCGAUAGAAGUUGAUAAUGAUAGCUGUAUUGAUUGUUAUCGAUUAUUAUAGGGAAAGACUUAAGUCAUUCGGUACAAGUUCAACAUUGCUAUCAUUGAGUCAUUCAAUCAUGAUAUUAUGCAGUUUCUUAAUAACUGAUGAAAUACUUAAAAGACUUGUGUGCACAGUGAAAAAACAGCUUUCACCGACCAAAUACAACCCCUUAUGCCAAAAGAUGGCGGCAUUCUGGAGGUCUUCAAUGCCCGUGUAUAUAAAGUAAAAACCCACAUAUAAGAACCUAAGUUUUUCCAAGCUAGGCUAAGAAGGUUCUAAUAAAAAUGGUGCUAACUGGAAAAUUAGGGUACUCAGGUUCUUAAACAGGUUCUUAUUUUUAAAAAUAAAUAAGGUGUUUGUCAUUGGUGGGUGUGGCCUGUUUGGGGCCUAUUAUGACAAGCAUUUUUAUGCCAUUUAUGAAGUUUAUACAUUUUCCUAACUGGUAGAGCUUGUUCUAUGAAAUGUGUGUAUUCAGUUCUUGACUGAAUGUUUCAAAAUUGUAGGCUAAAACAGGUUCUUAUGUAAAAGGGGUCUAAAUAGACAAUCUUAGCCUAACAGGUUCUUAAAAUCUAGGUUCCCAUUCGCGGGUUGUAACUGUACCGUAUUGAACUGGAUUCCAAUGUGA